AUGGGAUAUGAAGUGGACACCAACAUUCUGGAAACUUAUGCCAAGAGACUUCUAAAUGCCCCACUGGAACCUACUAAGAAGUUCUUUGGCACUACUGAAACCAUAGAGAAAGAUUUGAGUGAUGUUGCUUCAAGCAUAAAAGAAGGAAAAUCUGACCAGCAACUAGUAACACAUGUUUCCCCUAUUGUUACCUCAUCCGAGACUGAUAGUGACAAAGCUGCUGAGUUUAAAAGAGUGGAUAGGAAGAAGAGAAAAUAUCCAAUGGCACCUACUCCUUCUCUGCCACCAAAGAAGGCAAGGACACUUAGGAAGAAAGAACAGGCUAUGAAAGGGCCUAGCAAUUCAAAGAAGAAGAUUGCACAAAAGAAAAUGGCACCAAAGAUAUCUGAUGCACUUUCCCUAGCAGAGCUCAUUAACGAAAUAACUCAAGAGAACACUAUUGAAGAAAGCAUAAUCUUGUAUUUAGAUAUAUUUAAGAAAGUUCUCAUUGAAGUCAUUGAUGUUCUCCCCAAUGACUUAUAUCUAAGACAUGAGGCAAAAAGAAUGUCCAUCAUUGAAUUGGACAAGAAAUUGAAGGUUAAAGCACUGUUGGUUGUUCAUCUAGCCAAGUCUAGACAAGAAAUAGACGAAUUGAUAGCAAAGACUAACAAAACUAUUUUUGUAAGUGGUCACUGGCAAGUAUACCAAAAAGGUGAUAAGGGGAAGAAUAAAGUUGACAAUGUUCCUGACUUAACAAUAAAGGAUAACUUACCACCACCGGCUCAGGACACCCCACCAGUAGCAGUAGAGGCACAGGCAGAAGUGCAGAAUCAGCCCACAAAAAAGACAUCAGAGGAACAAAAAUUAACAGAUGUGGUUGACCCCGAGUCAAAUGUUCUAUUCACAAUUAAGGUUGAUACUCAGGACAUCAACAUUACAAUGGAUGAUACCUCUAUUCCAGAAAUUGGUAAGGACCAUCCCACUAACACUCCUGUAAAUAUUGAUAUUGAUAAAACAAUUGUUGAUGAUACAAAUAAAGCUGUAGAUAAAGAAAGUUUUGAGGAGAAGAAAUCAGAAUCCGUAAAUAUUGAGAUCUUUGACUCAUCGGUCAAGGCACUUAACACUCAGCAUGAUAUAAAUAAUGAUGACAUAUAUAUAGAUACUACUAAGGUCAUCGAUGAUGAGAUACUAACAAAUAAAGCACAAGAACAAACAACAUCUGAACCGGCAAAGGAUAAGAAUGAGAAUAAGGAAGAGGAAAUGAUUGCACCAGAGUGCAAGGUAGAUCAUAUUAUUGGCUCGAUAGGUAAAUUGGACACAUUUUCCAAAUUCAUUUCUGCUAACAUUCAGUCAUUAGACAAAAUAAAUGAGAAGACUGUUCAAGAAAAAGUUGAUAAAGAAAAUGAAGUAUUCUUUAGAGAAACAAUAAAGGAAUGUACACAACAGAUUGAUACACUGCUACUGGCAUUGAACUCUACCAUUUUGGAGUAUAAGGAAUUAUAUUGGGAAGCUUGUAAACCACACCAACUAAUAGAAGAUAUUGAUGAUCAGAUUAGAAAAAAUCAAAAGGAAAUUGAUGAUAAUGCGGAUAAUACAAUUGGUUCUUCAAAAUUAUCAUCAAUCAUAGAACAAGAGAUGACUACACAUGAGGAGAAGAUUGAAAAUCUUGAAAAAGAAAAGGAAAGACUGAAAAUAAAAGCCAGGGAGUUGAAGAAUAAGCUUGGUUAA